AAUUAUUUUUUGACCCAGUGGAUGAUUCCCGCUAUUGCGUUGUGUGUCGUCCAUUUUGAACCUACAUCAUGUCCAGUGAACAGGAACAAGUCCAAGUGCGUUUUACCACGCAACAAGUCAAGUAUGCAGUAAACGAUGCGCCAAUCUUGGUCCCUUCCAACUUUAAACGAUAUGGUCUUUCUGAGAUCAUUAACAACCUGCUCGGUCACGAAAAACCUGUCCCUUUCGACUUUUUGAUUGACGGUGAAAUUUUGCGUACCAGCAUUGCCGAAUAUUUGACGAACAAGCGCCUGUCAACGGAAAAUGUAAUCACCAUCGAGUAUGUCGAAUCGAUGCUUCCUCCUACACCACUUUCGGCAUUUCAACAUGACGAUUGGAUCAGCUCAGUUCAAGGUUCCAAAGGCUUGUUCCUUACUGGAUCGUACGAUAACAUGGUGCGACUGUGGAACACUUCAGGUCAAUGUAUUGCUACAUUAUCCGGACACACUGAUUCUGUCAAGAGCGUAGCAUUUGGUGCCGUGAAUGAUCAUAACGUCAAAGUGUAUUCGGGCUCCUUAGAUCACAGUGUACUUGCCUGGGAGUAUUCUUUUGACAAUGAUCAUCAUCAAGUAUUAUACGAAUGCAAAGGCCACAAAGCACCCGUUGAAGCGAUCGCUGUAGAUACCAAAAACAAAUUUAUCGCCAGUGCUUCUGCUGAUGCAACCAUCAAAGUUUGGAAGACUGAAGUGCCUGUGGAUGAUGAGCGUGAGAAUGCAGAGGGCGGAUCGAAAAAGAGAAAGAAGACGGAACCCAAGGAUGGUCGUAAAAUCAAGACCGCGGCACUCACUUUAACGGGUCACGUUGGCGGUGUCAAUGCUGUGGCAUUUGAUACAACUGAUUCGAAUAUUGUAUAUACUGGUGGGUGGGAUCAUUCGAUCCGUUCUUGGGAUGUAGAACAGCAAGUCAACCUGGUUACCAAGAAUUGCGAGAAAGUGGUGCUCGACGUGGAUUAUUCGGCCAAAGCUCGAUUAUUGGCGACAGGUCACGCUGAUAAUAUCAUCCGUCUAUGGGAUCCUCGUUCGGAAGAUGGCACAAAUGUAAAACUUGCUCUGAGGGGUCAUUCCGCGUGGGUGUCGUCAGUCUCAUGGGCUCCUAAUUCGGAAUAUGCUUUGUGUUCUGGUUCUUACGAUUCGUCAAUUCGUGUCUGGGAUAUCCGAAGCAAAGGUUCGCUGUACACAAUCGAUGCGGAGGAUGCAUCAAAGAAGGACAAGAUGCUCAGCGUCGAUUGGGAUGGUGAAAGAAUUCUCAGUGGUGGUGAAGAUAAGAAAUUAAGGAUCUUCAAAGCUCGAGUAUAAUACUUCAUUUGUUUGUAAGCAUCCAUACAAAGACCUUGUAAGAAUUUAGAAACAUUUUUUUUUUUUUUUCAUAAUAUCAUGGCAUGACAAAUUUUCA